UGAAAUUUCAGUCUCCGUCUCUUGCGGUUAAAUCGAUUGAUAUACCUGUUCUUUAACGAAACAAAUAAAUCAUUCAAAAUGAAGUAUCUCGCUGCAUACCUCCUCCUCACCAUCGGUGGAAAGGCUUCCCCUUCCGCUAAGGACAUCACCACCGUUCUCGAGUCCGUUGGAAUUGAGAUCGACCAAGAGCGUCUCGAUACUCUCAUCAAGGAGCUUGACGGAAAGGACAUCAACGAGUUGAUCGCUGAGGGUUCCUCCAAGUUGGCAUCCGUCCCAUCUGGUGGUGCCGGUGCUGCCCCAGCUGCUGGUGGAGCUGCCGCUUCCAGUGGUGCCGCUGCUGAGGAGAAGGUUGAGGAGAAGGCUGAGGAGAAGGAAGAGUCCGACGAGGAUAUGGGUUUCGGUCUUUUCGAUUAAGCAGUCAAUUGACUUCCCCACGGACUCGACGCUCUCGACCUACCGGAACAUCAUUUCGAGAUUUCUGGGAGAACUCGUGCGGGCUUCGCCCAUUGUUUGCACGCCAUAUGGGAUGGAUUUUAUCUCGCGAAGAUUCCCAUGAUAAGCAUAUAUUCAUGCAAAAUAG